AUGCGUUACUUAAGCACCUUCAUUCUAGUUGGCCUCACAGCCAGCGUCUCUGCAAUACCCGUCGCGCUGCCUCCGGGCUUCUUUCACCCCCCUGUUCAUGCUUUCAAGGACGAGACUUCAGUCGAAUCCAUGGACGCUGAACCCAUCGAAGCCAGGAGCGGCAUCACCGUUGACAAGGUCGACGUGGAGUCUACCCUCAAUGCCAGAAGUGAGGACGCCAUGGACUUCAUGGACUCAGAGCCAAUCAUCAACGCCAGGAAUGAGGAGUCUGUCGAUGACUUCAUUGAUACAGAGCCACGCAUCCAAGCCCGGAGCGAAAGCAACAUGGACCUCACGAAUUCAGAGCCGCAGAUUGAAGCCAGGAGCGAGGAGGUUGUCGACUUUGUGAACCCGGCCCCAGAGCCAUACGUCCAGCCCAGAAGCGAGGAGGUUGUCGACUUUGUGGAGCCCGCACCGGAGCCAUACAUCCAGCGCCGAAGUGAAGCCAUGUACGAUAUGAUUGAGCAGGAGCCAAGUAUUGAGGCCCGCCCUGAACCAGUCAUGGAUGUCGCUGAGCCGGAAACAAACAUCAAGCCCAGGUCUGAGUUAGUCUUCGACGCUGUCGGGCUAGAGACCAAGAUCAAGGCCAGGAGUGAGACCAUGGUUGAAGCCGUCGACUCAGCAGAAGCCGUGGCACAGGAAAACGAAGAACCCCGCAUCCAAGCAAGAGGCGACACCUCUGCUGACUGGGUCGACCCUGAUUAUCGACCCCCUCUGGGACCAGCAGACGAGUGGAAGUACCAAGACAACCUCAGAAAGCUUCAUGCCAACGAUUGUGGGGUAGACUGCCACCGAUCCAUCAACUCAUACCAAUCACGCGUCUCGCGUGCCAACCGCGCCAACAAGGGAAUCUACGACGGCCAUGACUUCCAAUACGACUACCGCAACAAGAAGGACGUUCCUAAGUAUCCAAAGUAUGACCUCACAACCGUCCAGAGGAACGUGGCUGGACACAGCCCAAACACAUACGACCACCAUCCAACAACGUAUGACCACCACGACUACAACGGCUACACGAGGUCCUCUCGCGCUUCAAGAGGUGAACACAAUACACCCGCCGAUGACUGGAAGUAUCGCGACAACCUCGUCAAGCAACAGACCCAUGACUGCGGUGUGAACUGCCACAGGUCUAUCAACUCAUAUCAGUCGGUGGCGUCCAAGGACUCGCGGCUCUCUCGAGAAGCUCGGGAACGCAAUGGCUACUAUGACCAUCACAACAAUGGCGGCUACCAUCCUAACACGUAUGAUCACCACAGCGUCGGCAACGGCUACCACCCCACUACGUAUGAUCACCACACUGGUCCCGUCACUUACGAUCGUCAUAAUGGCGGUAACAACCAUGGACUGUCGAGAGCUGAGAGGGGAGUGCACAACACGAAGCAAGAUUAUAUCAACCACGAAUUGAAUCACAUAAAGGAAGACAAUCACCAAUGCGGAGUUAAUUGUCACAAGUCCGAUGCCUCCUUUCACUCGGUAGCCUCUGCGGACUCCAAGCGAUCAAGACAGUCGAGGAUCGCACAUGGCGGCAGCUACCAUGGGCACUGA